AUGGAAAAACUCCCGUACAGAUUGAGUUCCAUUUUGGUCGGUCACGGUGAAGACGUUCGAGAUAUCACGGCAUUUGAAAAUGGAACUAUUGUUUCUGUAUCUCGAGACAAAACGGCACGUGUAUGGGUACCUAACCGAGACGAUUAUGAAUUCAGCCCGUCAACAAUUUUGAGAGGACACACCAACUUCGUAAGUUCGGUUUGCGUGUUAAAUCCAACAGAAAAGUAUCCCAAUAGUUUAAUAAUAACUGGUAGUAAUGAUCAUCAUAUUUGUAUUUAUAAAUUGGGAGAGUCUGAGCCAAUGAAAAAGGUAAAAGCCCAUGCAGACACUGUGUGUAAUUUACGCGCUGGAAUUGAGGAAGGGACAUUUUUAUCGAGCUCCUGGGACCUCAGUGCAAAACUGUGGAGCUUGGAUAAUGUCGAAGAGUCAUUAUUGACUUUGCACGGUCAUUCAUUGGCAAUCUGGUGCGUUAUUGACCUUCCGAACAAAGCCAUUGUCACUGGCUCAGCUGACAAAAAUGUUAUUGUUUGGAAUCGUGAGGGUGCUCAGGUCCACAAACUUGAGGGCCACACUGAUUGCGUGAGAGAUAUAGCGGCGAUAAAGGCUGACGAGUUUUUAACUUGCGCCAAUGACGCUACUGUCAGACACUGGAACGCUCUCACUGGUAAUAAUUUGGGAGUUUAUUACGGACACGAUAAUUAUAUCUAUAGUAUUUCCGCUACGUUCGAUGGCAGCCUGGUAGCAACCUCCAGUGAGGAUAAAUCAGUGAGGAUUUGGAAAAAUGGUAAAGUUGAUCAGACAUUGAUGAUUCCGACGACCUCAGUUUGGUGCGUUGACAUUCUGCCAAAUGGUGACAUUGUCUCGGGGUCAUCGGACGGAAUUAUCAGGAUUUUUUCAGCGGAUUCAUCGCGUUGGGCAAGUCCGGAAAUAAUGAAAGUUUAUGAGGCAGCAAUUAUUGAUGACCAAACGAAAUCGCAGCAGGCACUCGGUAAUGUUAAAAUAAAUGAGCUGCCGACGAUGAGUGCAUUGGCUCAACCAGGAACAAAAGAUGGCCAGACCAAAAUGAUCAAUCAAGGAGGCAAAGCUAUCGCUUACUCGUGGUCCCAGAGUGAGAUGCAGUGGAUUAAAAUAGGCGACGUCGUUGGAGCUGUCAAUAAUGAUUCACCUAAGCAACUUUUCGAUGGUAAAGAAUAUGAUUAUGUCUUCUCGAUUGACAUUCAGGAUGGAGUCCCACCGCUCAAACUGCCUUACAAUAAAACUGAUGAUCCUUGGCAUACUGCACAAACAUUUAUUCACAAACAUGGAUUGAGCCAGAUGUACUUGGAUCAGAUUGCCAAUUUUAUAGUAAAAAAUUCUGAUAGCACACCAUCAUUCAAUCCAAAUUCAUCAUUCGCGGAUCCAUUUACUGGUGGUAAUCGCUACAUACCUGGGUCAGGAUUACCAAAUGCGCCAGCAGCACAAGCAGACCCUUUUACUGGCGGCAACCGAUAUAUACCUGGAUCAAAUCAACCGAAUGCUAAAGUACAAGCAUCAACCUCCAACCCCGACCCUUUUACGGGCAGUAACAGCUACGUACCAGAACCUAGUUCUAGUAUUACCUUACGUGAACCAAUACCUGAUUCAUCUAAUGCUUCAACACUCUCUUACAUCCCACAUGGAAGUUAUAUAAAGCUAGAACAAGCUAAUUAUGCUGCCAUACUAGAAAAAAUUAAAGAAUUCAAUAGUCAACUAGGAGAAUGUUUAAAACGGAUACCGGAGUCUAAUUUGGAAGCUGUAGUUAGUUUAGCAAAAGGUCAGCUCCAACAACCUGACGCUCAAAUCGUCAGUACCCUCUGGACACUACUUGAGUGGCCAAAUGAGUUUGUCUUUCCUGUACUGGAUGUUGCGCGAUUGGCGGUUUUACAAAAAUCAGGAAACGAUAUUCUCUGCAGUGAAAAUUUGAUACCAGUAAUCCAACGUCAUCUUGGGCCUGAGGCAGUAGCGGCAAAUCAAAUGUUGAUUUUUAGACUGUUAGCCAAUAUGUUUAAUCAUGAAACAGGGGAAAAGUUUGGUCUUCAGUACGCAGAGUCUGUGUUGGAUGUACUGCUGAAACUCCCUUCGGCAGGCAGUAAACAUAAUCAGGUUGCAAUUGCCACUUACAUGUUAAAUUUAACAGUAGCAUUAAAUAAAAAUUCGGACGACAUAACAAGUCAUACUAAAAUACUUAAUUUAAUGACAGUACUAAUGGAUAAAUUAAAAGAUCCAGAAGCUAUUUUCCGAGCGCUCGUUGCUCUUGGCACUCUUAUUGCGGUAGUAAACAAUGCCGAUCAUAAAAAUACAUUAGUCCAAUUAUUGAAGCAAUCAGACAGUACAAUUGCUCUAUUAAAAUCAUCUUCUAUAAGUAAAUCAAUGCUUGAUGCUCAUGGCAAAGUAUCCAAGUGUUCUAAACAAAUAUUGGAUUUGAUUGUCUAA